UCGAAAAUACUAACGUAACAUUUUCUUCUGAGUAUAUACGGGCUAAAAAUAGGUUAACCAAUAUGCGUAAUAUUCAAGAGAAGUUUUGAAAUUCCAAACGUUUCAGUAGUGGCUUCUUAAUCUGAAUACUUAUUUCGCUCUGUUUCAGUACGAAGAUUAUUUUAUUUCAUUUUUUUAAAUCUGUUAAAUGAAAUCAAACAUGAAUUCAAAAGUGAUUUUAUGUAUUGUUCUACUUCUACUGAGUAAAUAUGUACAAGGCGGGAACAUCAAAAGAAAAGUAAAAUUUCUUCCACUUGUUUCAACUGCUGUUGACGUUGCUGACAGUAUAUAUCAAAUUGCUAUGCCGAAUGAUCAAGCAGACGCUGUAACUCCUGAACAAUUGGAAGAAGCAAAGAAUGAAAUAUUAAAAGUGUUCUCUGAAAAGCUAGCUGUCGUCCAAGCACAACUAUAUGGGACUAUAAAGGAAACGAUGCUAUUAGCAAACAUUGAUGAAAUUAACUACAAGAUUCAAAGUGUCCUUCUCGAUUUAGAAAAUUAUUUAUUAGAAAAAGGCAAUGAACAAAAGAAAUUAGAAUUCGAAAGGCAAGCGGCACUUUUUAUCACGGAUAUUCGAAGUCUCCCUUCGCGUUUAGAGAAAUCGUUUGCUAACGCUGAUGUUUCUCUUUUAGAAUUGAUGGCUUCUAACUCAAAAUGUAAUAUGAGUGGAAUUAAUGAAUUUAGGGAUAUGUAUUUAAAUCUAACAGAGACUGGAAUAAUAAUCGAACUCACCUACAAAAAACUGCAAGAUAGCUCUAUAGAAACAGGGUCUGAAUGGUGGGACAGCCAAGUUCGACAAAUGAUCGAUUCGUUUGAAAAGGGAGAUACAGCAUGUAAGAACAAAUUUAUUGAAAUGUUGAGAACCAAUAUGGUGACAAUUGACAACGUUACAGAGUUAUCAACUUUAGUCCAUCAGAACUAUGUUUGGUACAUUAUUGAUAUAUUUAUCUUGGAGCAAAAACAACCCGAAGAAAAAAUAUUUAUCGAUGGCACAACUUCAAAUAUGAUGGCUUUACUGGUGAACGGGCUUCGCAAAUAUGCGAUCUAUAUUGACAGACAAACAAGAUCGAACGACAUUAAAUGCCUUCUUCUUAAGACAUAUACUCAAACACCGCUAGAUAACAUAUUCGUCCUCGAUGCAGAAACACCUGUUCCUGGUUAUAUAUCAACUAUUGACGGGGAAUUCAAAAAAACCUCAUUCUACUACGGCGAAAAUGGCCUCUCUGAAUCAUGUCAUCCAGAUAUUGUCCCGGAUAUAGAAGUACUAGACACGCCGGAAAGCGAAGAGUCAAAAGAUGGACUGACUGUCGGACAAAUAGCCGGCAUCGUCACCGGAUCAGUACUCGUAGUUAGUAUCCUUGUUUCCGUUUGCUGCUGGUGUUGCAGGCGCAAAAAAAUGGAAUUAACAAAGGGGCCUUUAAACAAACAUACUACUCCUGUCCCCCCCUGUACUCGUAAUGUUGACUUGUUAAUGAAACUGGAGAUAUAUUGAUAAAUAUUACCAAAGUUAUGUUACAAGAUUGGUUUCAGCGUGUUUAAGAAAGGGGUUAUGUGUUAAAAUAUUGGCUAAGUUAAAGGUUAAGCUUUAGUAAGAGAUGGUGUUAUUAUGUGUAAAGGAAAUUAAUUCUUGGAUUACAAAUACAUAGAAUAUUGUUAAAGUUGAUUGCAAUAAGGUAUACUCGUGUUGAGCAUCGAAAAGAAUAAUCGUCGGUUAUUAGAGAUUUUUAAUUAUUUUGUUUUAUUUAUUUAUUUGGUAUAUUAUAUACGUAUUCAUAUGAUAUACGAUAUUAUAGAAUUAGACCUAAUAUGUAUAAGAUUGUACAUCUUUUGCAGGCCAAGAAGGUUAAUACUGUGUAAAAAACGCUUUUAUGUAUUCUUAAACAAAAGUGACUUCAAAAUGUUAUUUCAACUUUUUAAAGAAAAUAUCUGUUUAAUAUUUUGGCAACAUUUGCAAUAAAAAUCAAUGCAGU